AUGCCAAACGGCCUGCGUUUCUUCACCGACGCGCACCCCCUCAUGCAGAAGGCUCGCGCGCCCUUUCGACACGCCUUCAUCAUCACCCGGGAGGAUGGGCAGCGUGUGUUCGGCUACGCGAUCCUCUUUCCCGAGGAGGUCACCCACCCGGGCGUCAAGGCGACCCUGAGGGAGCAGCAGCGAUUGGUCGAGGCGGGGUCCACGGCUAAUCGAUUUUUCACCAUGAAAGCAAUAGGCAUCCUCUCGCGUUGGGCUUUCACAAGCGGAUUUUUCGGUUGGUUAGAGGACUUGUGGUCCGGGACGUACAACCACGGCGAACUCGCCUUGGAGUCGUACGUUUACAAUCUCCUCUUCGAAAGCCGCCUCUGCGAUCCGGGCAAGUGCUCCGUCGUCUGCGGACCCAGCACCCAGCACUACUUCUUUCGACCAGCCAACUUCCACGUGUCACCGGAGGUCUCCAACACACGCGAUGGCGGCGUCGAAGCAGACCGAAAGGGCUCCGGGAUGAGCUGGCUACCAGUCUUCGAAUAUCCCCUCGUCCACCUACUCCAGCUGUUCCCCUUCGAGCACUUCCUGCGCCUCCUGACGUGCGCCUUCCUUGAACACCGCAUCGUCCUACUCUCCGCCGGUUCGUUCUGUCCAUUUCCCGUGUUGCAAUCUGCCCCAGACGUGGGUUUUUUGCGUGUAUAUCUUACUACCCGUUCUACUUUGUCAGAUUACUACCGUCUGAUGGUUGUCGGGGAGGGCAUAAUCUGCCUUCUGCAGCCGUUUGUUUGGCCCCACGUCUACGCGCCAGUUCUGCCCGCAACCCUCACACACUUUCUGGACGCCCCCGUGCCAUACAUCAUGGGAAUGCGUCUUCAACAACCGCCGCCGCCGCCGCCACCUUCAGCCUCCGUCUCCGCGACCACCCUGCGCGACUCACUGGCCUCACUCACCGCUUUUCCCAGCUUCGGAUUGGCUAGUGAGGCCAACGUCUGCUACGUGGACAUUGACCAGGGCAAAGUGCACUCCAUGGACGUCGACUUGCCGGCGUUUCCCAACUCCACAGAACUGCGCCAGGCCAUCGAAGAGGCAGUGCUGUCUCACCAUCGACGACAGCAGAUGUUUGCCCAACCACCAGGCCAAAGUUUGAGUGCAAACUUUAUCGCCACGCCCCUCUCGUCCGUGCCCCACCGCCAAUCAGUCUCCAGAACCAGAAGUUCGGAUGCCUCGAUCCGCGUUCCCGCGAGAAAGGCUUCUGAGUGCCUGUCGUCGUCCACGGUGAUCAAGAGGCCGCAGCUCUCAGCAAAACCUCCGAUCAUCCAGCGCUCGGCCUCCUAUCGGUUGAUUGAGCAGAUCGCAGUGACUACUACGGCAAGCCAGAGCUCUCUUCAGCACUCCUUCACGGAGGAGGCGAUCGCCACGGCACCUUCCACGGACGCCUCAACGACGCCCUCUUCGGACUCGGAGGUCUGCGCGGCGUCUCUUUCUGCGGAGGAGUACGCGUCGAUGAUGCGGAAAAUCGCCAAGCAGGUCACCUCGCGACAGGAGCUUCCGCAUUACGCGGAUUUGCUGAAGUUCAAUUACGCCAUCCGUGACAUCUUCCUCAGCCACCUCUCCAUGAUAUUUGUCGACUUUGAGACCUUUGUGGUCGCGGGCCACAACAGUGGCGACACCGAAGACCAGGCGAGCUGUGGUCUGCAGGCCUUCGACAAGGUCGGGUUUCUCUCCGACUGUCCUGAGACGCACAUGUCCUUUCUAAGCGCCUUUCUUGAAACCCAAAUGUUCGCCACCUUCAUGGACACCCGACUAGCCAUGGGUGCCACGCGCCAAGCCCAGCGGUGCACCAACUGCGGCAUGACCCGAGCCGCCCCUCCGCCUGCCGCGUCGACGCCUCACGGCCCCACCACCCUCGCCGCCGGCUCGUCUGUUUCCGCUUUCCUCGCCCGAGUCCAGGCCCUCAAGGAGUCGACGGUGAACUCGUCUGUGGCACACCCCCAGCCCCCUGCCACGGAUCGUCUGUCGCGUCGGCUGCCACAGCACCUCGACGACACCCACACACCGUCGACCAGUCGAGAGAGGAAGGCGCGCCAUAUUGCCACAAGCUCCCUCAAAUCUCCGCUGGAUGGCGUUCAGUUCUGCAGUGCCCCUCUGCCUCAUCCUCUGCCGUCAACGAAGAAACCAACCUUCGCAAUUUCUUAUCAGGUGGAUCGGUUUCCACUGCUGGACGGCAGUCUUCUCAGCAAGUCGCCAGCGAAUCGCCAUCCCCGCGGCGACUCACCGCCCACGGGAGCCGCACUCGCGGUCCCCUCGCCAUUUCUGCCGGACGUCGAAGGGGAGCAGCAGGCGUCUGCGCUGGGCGAUGACGCCAUCAAGGCAGUGACCUGCGAACACUGCUCAGCGCCGCAGACACUGCCGAUACCCGUGAUUGACCAGACCUCGGCGCCGACUCAGUCGACUUCCUCGCGCACAAUUCAGCUCAAAGGCCGUGACGGUUUGACACGCCUGCUCACCGGACCACCUUCAGGGACCCACGAAGCGAGCUCCCAGUCUCCGUCGAUGGCUCAGGCUCACUGGGACUUCGUCGACGCCUUGCUUGAAGAGUGCAAGCACCGGACGAAACGCAUGGUCAUCCAGAAGAUGGGUCAGGAGGCGCUGCACUUGGGCCACAACUACCAGUCCGUCUCGGAGGUGGAAGAGAACACCCUCGUCUCUGGACUCUGCGACCUCCUGGAGCGCAUCUGUUUGCGAUUAGAAAUGGACAAUUUUGACACAUGGUUUACAAAGGGUACCAGAUCAGUCUGUGGUGUUGAUUACUUGACAAGCCGCGCGUGUCGGAAGUGGUGUAAAAAGGUUGUUCUGCUUCAUCCUCACUCAACCACUACCACCGUCUUUCUGGCCGACCUCUCCGACCAAAUCAUAGCCACAGUCGAAUGUAACUUUGGCCAUACAUCUGUACAAAAGGCUGCAGAAGGGGCAUCGGCUCUCUGGGUGCAUCUCAUGGCGUUCGUUGAUCGCAACUCGACACUGUCACCCGAGGGUGUUCACCAGACCGCGCAGUCCCCGGCCUCGUUGUCGACGCGUCCACCGGCGUCGCCUGCCGCGUCUGGUCGAAUCGCGCGCUCCGCCUCCACAGCCUCCACCGCACCACCACCUAACCCUGAGUGUCCGACGGAGCGCCGGAUAUCCCAGACGGUGACGAGGUCGUCUUCAGUGGUGCCGUCGGUGGCGGUGCAGCGCUCGCCGGCGGUGGCCCGCAUGCGCCAGCUCUGGGGCUCCGGGCAGCGCCGCGCCUCCACGCCGGGUCGCGCUGAGCCGUCGACAACGUCCACGCCGACCACCCCACGAGCCGCCGACGGCGCCCUCGUCGUCUCCGUCGCCAGCCUCCUCGACGCCGGUGGCAACUCCGUGGCGUCCCUCCUGGACGACGUCGAGGCUGUGCGCACCGUCGCCUCCACUGCGGGCUACAAACUGCGCACAAACAUCGGUCUGGCGAGGGCCUUUGUUCGGCUCGCGCUGGAGAAGAAGCGUCUCUCGGCUUACCUCAAACUCCUCCUCUCCGACGCCGUGCUUCUCAGAGAGCUGUACCUGCGCCACGCGUUCCUGCGCUGCGAGGAGGAGCGAGAGCAGUUCCUCAUCCACCUGCUCUCGCUGGACGCCGUCGACUACUACUCCUUCACGCGGAUGCUGCAGAAGGCUGAGCUGCUCUAUCGCGUGGCGGUGGUCUCGGCGGGUCGCGGUCGGCUGCUCGUCUCGUCGUCCGCCAACGCCUGGUUCUGCCUUCGUGGCCACUUGGGCAGCUCGGGCGUCGUCGCUCUGCCUCGCUCGUCGCCCUCCUACCUCGAGUUCCAGAAUCUGGGCAUCCUGAACACCCUCCUGAUUGGCCACGACAACGCGGGCUUCUCGCCCAACAUGUUCAUCGAGGCAGUGCUUGUUGUGACCCCAUUGACCAAUCACGUCUACCUAUUUCCGUGCGGUCAUUGGCUGGGCCGGGGGGUCGAAGACAACAGUUGUGAACGCCUUCUCAUUGGUCAAGUGGCACGAGUCACCAAUGAGGGAACCGUAGUCGUGUCUCGUUCCGGAGAGGGUGCCGCCAUCGAGAACGAGGAGGCCGCCUCGAGUCUGUCGGCGCCGUUGAUGAAGCUGUACGCGGACACGAUCCUCGACCCAGUGACAAGCGCGGUGCUCGACAGACUGGCUAACGCCGUGAAUCGCCUGGCGAAGCACUUCGCCUGCGCGGGCAAAGCCGAGGCGACGAUGUCGCUGUCGGCGUUGCUCUGCGGCACGGAGAGUGGCCUCGUCCCGGCCCUGGAAGCCGUCUUCACGCAUGGCAUUCGCUCCUCCGGCAUGUUCCAGCGCCGACGUCUGUACGCGUGGGACUUUUUCGAGCGCUUCGUCGAGUACAACACACGUAACCCCCCUGGUGACCAGGCGUGCCCCCCACAGGAGCUCAAAGCCGACGCCGAGGUGCGAAUCGGUGGGUUUAGCGUGAGUUUCGUCACGUCGCCGCGCGUCGUGCGCACUCUGCCUCGCAGCGGGAACACUGCCUCCGCCGUCGUCGCCACCGCCUCCACCGCGGGCCCCCAUAACCUCGACAACUGGAGGCGCGGAGGCGGCACCAGGACGGGACCACCGACGUUGCCCCGACGGGCUCCCCUCCUCACCGCGACGACGUCGUCAUCAUCGCCGGCGGUUCGCAGGACCUCCAGCGGAUGGCAGUCUCAGCCUUGCUCUCCCGGCGCGGUUCUCAAGCAGCGCAGGGACCGCAGUCGCAGCCAGGCCGCGUCGACUAUCCUCGUCCUGGAAAACUUCAUCGCUGCCUUCAACCAUGUCAACAGUAGUGGCGCGGGUGUCGGUAAACUUGGCAAGUUUCAGCGCAUGGUGUGUAUCGGCUGUCGUGACCACACCUUGGCAGCGUGGAUUCCAGUUCUGGCGACAAGUUCGCCUUCGGUUGUGCGUCAGAUCUACGACACCCGAGUCCCCAACUUCCUGCUGGACGCCGAACUGCGCCAAAGUGUCCAGACCCUCCUCUCAACACUCAACGACUUCACCUUCAAACUGGAUCCCGCCCUUCUUGGACUGUGUCCUGAAACCGAGUCUACGGGUCCUGUCGAAUGA